GACCAUCCAGGCGUAUCUCUCGAAAGUGUGCAAGAACUUGAAACCAGCGAAAGAAACGAUCAAAGCGAUGACUGCAAUAAUAACGAUACCGACAUUCCAAUUAAGUGAACCGUUCGAAACUGCUGAGAGUACCUGACCACCAGAAACAGCGUUCAGACUGCAGAAACCGAUCAUACCGAUCAGAUUGAGAAGACAGACUAGUAUAACAGGGUAAUAGCCAAAUGAGUAGCGGGUAAUGCACAUCUGUCUCAUGCCUAACUUUGGACCGAACGUGCCUAGAUAAGAAGGCAGAAGAUUUCCAAGUAAAUUGAAGAAGAGGAUAGUGAGGCAACUAUCCCUAGCGCUUAAGUAAAAGCUGCUAGGACCCAAACCACCAGUAGAGAGCGUCAAAACAGUAGAAUUUGCGCUUAGCCAUAUCGAAGCAAUGUUGAGUAAAGCACCAAUACUGCGGGGGGUUAGAGGGAUGCAACAAAAAGCAAUAAGCUAACCCAUGUGUUCUCUCCUAUUGUAGUUUAGUUAAAUGGCUCUAUAAAGUCACCCCCACAUACCUCUAAGGUGACUGGCUGAAUACCUCUAACUUCGAGGCCAAACUUGGAAGAUUUAUCAACGAAAUGGUUGAAAUGACGCUUGAAUUUGUUACUGUCUUCGGUAUAAAUCGAUGAUUUCUCAGCGUCAUACUCUUUCAUCGUCGCUUCCAAGAAAAGAUGAAUCCAGCAAUUUUAAAUCUAGUAGUUAGUUUAGGACUUAUGCAAGUCGCUCGUAAGAUUCCCUUCGAGGAUGAGAACGUCUUGUUGGCAGUCAGAAUUGGAUAUGUCGCUAGUAUGGCUAUCAGCUUUUUAGUAUAUCAAUGGAUAGCAUCGAAGAUUAGAGCAAAGAAUGACACGACUGUACUCAAGUACACAGAACCAGCUUCACCAAUGUCACAAGAAGAACCACAAUUGAUCACGACAACAAACCGUGACUACGACUUACAAGAAACUUCCAAAUUAAUUAAGGGUUUGUUCACUUCAUUGGCCAUGAUGGCAUUCUUGCACGGCUACUUGAAGUACACCCAGCCAUUGUUCAUCCAAGGUAUUCUCGGUGUCAAGAAUGUCUUCGAUUCGAAGCCAGCCAAGGUCUGGAUCUUUGGAAAUGAAGCAAAGGGUGACCUCAAGCGCCCAUGGAAGGCUGCAAACCCAUUCGGCAUGGGUGACGACGUCAAAUCAGACGCUGCAUCUGUAAAACAAGCUGAGAAGAGCAUUGGUUCAUCAAACAAAGCAGAGUAGAUAGCACCACCAUAGACUAUACACUAAUAAAAUUCUACAAUUCGUCUCGCUUAUCUUCCCCUUUGUUUUUGGCUUCUAUUAACGAAAAUGGAUUGAACUUUCUAUACUUGUCGUAUUCGGAGACGACUGAAACACCAGCUACACCUUUGAAUAUCUCGACUAUUACCCAUCUAUCUGGAUUACUGAGAUCUAUCUUAUGCGGUGAAUUGAUUGAAUCGACGACUGUCUGAAUAAUAUCGUCACGCUUGAGUGUAUUAUGCGAGCGUUUACCUAAUUCUAUGCGAUACUUUCUACCUUUACCCUCUUCGUCACCCUUAGAUAGAUGACUUUGACAGAUCAUACCACACAGUGCUUCAAAUGCAGCUUCCGUAGCGUGUGAGAGGUGUGAUAUUGGUGUCAAUCUUUGUAUAUAUUUAGUUCUCAUCUUCCCAGUCUCUAUAACCUCAUUGAGGUAUGCUUUUACUAUUGCUAUCGGAUCGAACGGUUUUCUCACUUCGAGGUAUAUCAAACAUUGCGUGUUUGUUUGAUGAUUUACAAACCGUUUGGCUGAGUUAUCAACCUUCUUCUUAUCGUUCAUUUCACUCAAUUCUUGAGCUAGUUGAGCUUUAAUGUCAUUCUCAGCUACUUCAGGUGUCUCCUCUUUAUUGUCUGUUUCUUUUAUCACUUCAGCUUUCUUUGAUUGUACUUUCAAAUCUGGGAAGUGCCUAUCACAAAUUUCAUUUAAUAUAUCUAAUAUAUCGUUCAACGCUUGCUUCUCUUUACCUCGAACGCAAGUGAUAAAUAUACCUGGUCCUUCCGGUGGACUGAAUGUCUUGAAAUUUACAACAGAACCGUCCUUACGAUACUUUCUCUGCUUUUUAUUCACACUAUC